AAAUGAUAUAUAGCAUACAAACAUGUAACAAUCUUGCAUAUCACACUUCACGUAAACCCUUUUAAGCUUAUAUUCAUCAAAUGUCAAGUUUAAAAUACCCUAACCUUAUUUCCAUGGACAAAGCUGCCAUAAAUUACAUCAAAGUAUCAUUUAAACUCACCAAUUCGGUCAUGGCGAUGACCGGGAUCGCAAUUCUUAUGUAUUGUGUUUGGAUGAUUUAUGUUUGCUUACGAGAAUACUAUAAAUAUCCUUUCUCUUGGUUUUUGUGGGCUUGUAUAUUUACCGGACUCAUAUUUUGUUCCACGGCAUGCAUAGGGCAUGUAGGAGCUGAUAAGAAGAAGAACAAUUUUCUACUUUCCUUGUAUUUAGGGAUUAUGCUCUUUCUUACUUUGGUGGAGAGUUUGAUCACAGCAGAUAUAUGCCUAAAUGACAAAUGGGAUAAGGACAUCCCUAAGGAUCGCACAAAAAGAUUUGAUCACUUCGUGGAUUAUGUCGAUGACCACUUCAAUAACUUCAAAUGUUUAGGCGUGUUGAUCGCAUUCUCUCAGGCUCUUUCGUUCUUCCUAGCAAUAGUAAUUCGAUCAAUGCGAUCCAAAUCACACCGGAAAUACGAAGAUGAAGAAGCUAACCUUCCUUUCUUAGAUCAUCAAGUUCAACCUCCUCCUCUACCGUAUGCCGUCGGCCACCCCGAUCCACAAUAUUAUCCACCACCACCCUACACGCACGGUUAUGGUUAUGCCCCUUAUGUAACAGGGAGUGAGAAGGGCGAGUACGUAGCUGCUGCUGUACAAGCUGCUCCUAAGGUUGUUUAUUGAUAUUUAUUAUGUGAUGAUUUUUGUAAAAUCUAAUGAAGUUGUUUUUUUUUUUUUGGCUUUGAAAUAUAAUGAAAUUGUUAUAGUUAUACAAUGUUUUAUCUGAUCGAUCUACUAAUAUAUGAGCUAUUAUUGCUAAGUGAAUUUUAAGAAUUUCAAAGAAAAGAUAUGAUUAUAGAUGUAUUCAAACCAUCAUAACAUAGUAGGCAGGAAUAAAAAAUUCCUUAAAAUUAUACUGGAAUAACAAUGAUAAAAUGUAUGGAUUUAAACGUUACUCAUUGCAAUUGA